UGUCAUACUGACCGUGUAUCUUGAGUGGUUGUGUUUUCGCUAUCUAGCAAAAUGUCUCAGGUGUAUGAAAACAUUUUUCGUUACGCUCUGAAAGAUUUCAGAGUUUCGGAGGAUGGCCUGAUUUCAGGCUAUUGUAAUUCGUUGGAGGAGGUGGAAACACUUCUUGAUCAGCUGAAUACUGUUGGGUUUUCAUAAUGUGUGAGAAGUAGUCGUUUUAAAGAGCCAUCUUCAGAUGUUAUGAAAAAAUAUUAAUUCCACAUUUAUUGGAACCACAAUAAAGCACUUCAGUUGCCUGAAAGCAGUAUGGUAUCCUCAUUGCACAUGGCAGACAGUUCCAUUUCUUUGCUAGAUACAACAGGUGUGACAUCGCGUAAAAUUUUGCUCCAGUACUAAGGUAUGUAAAAUAGAUAGACAAUCUGCUUCCAUCAAUUCAGAACUUUGACAAUACCUGUGAAAUGAAAUGAAUGAAAUGUCUUCUCUCAUUGUAUUAAGUUAAUUAAUAAUAACAUAUGUGAAUUAUUUAACAAUAACAAUGUUUGUGUUUUUGUCUGAGAAAUAUUAACUGUUCCAGGUAAAACAAAGCAUUUCUUCAAGCAAAUGCAGGGACAUGUCCGUAUCCCCUUUUUUGGUUGUGCAUUUGCAGUGGAGUGUGUGUGGUCGAGGCACUGUGUUUUGGGGCCAAAAUACUAUAAAAGUAGAGUGUCUAGUGUACCUGAGCACUUGGUAGGAUCAUGCUGUGUUAAGAUAGACUUACUUUCCAUAAAACAAGUUUGUUACAGGGAAAGUUUAUUAAAUAAAUUUUACAGUAGUUCUUUACCCUCUUUAGGAAGACCAUGUGAUUCCUCGUAAGAGAUUGAGGAUCAUGGAUACUAGAAAAUGCAACUGCCCAGCGACUUUAAAUAUGAAGUGUAUAAGGGUGUAUCCUGAUUACCACAGUAUGCACUCAGCAACUGAACACAGGGAUACCAAGGCAAAAGUGAGUAUCCAGUUUGGGUUCUGCUUGGAGAAAAUUUUACAUGAUCAGUUGACAUUAUACUUUAAAAUCUAUUGUUUUUAAGUUCAAACCCAGAAUAUUCCUUUGCAGCAGUUUGCAGCAAGGGAGUUGUGUAAACAAUUUAUAAUCUCACAUACAACUGCAGCAACAGUGAAACAUUACAAAAAGUGCUUGAAUCACUGAGCAACUGUGCACAAGAUUUGCAAUUAGCAAAUCCUGAAGUUGGUGGUCUCCCAUUAGCAGUGCCAUCAACUUCCAAACAAUAGCGAAGAACGGUGCCAAAAGCCUUAAAAGAUCUGUCUUAAACACAUUAUAACUUUCCAUUUGAAGGGUAAGAAAUGACUGUUUAUUUGAAUUUUAGAUAGCUCUUUGUCUAUGUAAAACACAAAUAAGCUCAGUCAUUUCUGAUCCUAGAGAUGGAAUGCUAUGAGGUCUUUACCGCACAUUUGAAUUUCGAAGUAGCAAUAGAUAAAGUAUUAUAAAAUGGAUAGUUGCUACAUUUGUGUGUGUGUUUGUGAGUGAGUGAGUGAGUGUGCGCGCACACUUUUGAAAAGGCCCUUGUUGCUCGAAAGAUAAGUCCAACAGUCUUUUUGUUGUGCCUUUCUGUGACUCAGCAUCUUCACUAUCUGGUGAGCAGCAACAACUAUCCUUUUCAUAAUAUUGUUACAUUCCAUCCCGGAUUUUUCAUUGUUCAUCAGAGAAAAGAUUUUUCUGAGGAAUUAAACUAGAUGGUAGUUUAGAACUUGCGAACUUUUUAAAAUACGAAGUAAAAGAUUUUAACUUUAAAUUAGGUUCAUUCAAAUAUGGGACAAUGUUGAGAGUUGAAAAGGUGGAACAAAUGAAUAAGAUAUAUCUUAGUGGCAUUGAGAUGUCGUAUGACUGAUGGAGGAAAGAUUUUGCAUUUCUUUUUCCAAGUAAGAAAGCGCUUGAUCUCACAUGCUUCAAUACAUGUCUAGUGAUUCACGUGAAACAGAGAAAAAGAUAAAGACUGCCCUGUUAACGAACAUGUGAGAUUGCCCAGUAUCACUCUGACAGAAGAGUAUAGUGUUUCCUUUAUAUGGUAUCUGGUCAGCAAUGUCAUUGGGACCAAAUGAAGUAAGUACUGAAUUUUUUUAUUUGCUUUGGAAGCUUAAUGUGUAUCAGUUACCUACAUAUUGGAUAUCUACCACCUUGGUUCUAAUGUUCUUAAUAACUCUGCAGAGUUACUGCAGGUACCACACAGAAGCAAUUACUGUUACUGGAAUACCAGUAAUGUUUUUUAAAUUCAGUUAUAAAUUAGUUCUGGGCAUUGCAGCUGGUGAGCAAUGUCAUCGGGCACCAAAAGAAGUUCAGUUAUGGAUUUCUGGCCUUCAGUCCAUGGGAAAAUGCACACCAGAUUGCAUCAAGACUGUUAUAUUCCAAGGAUAUCUUGGAAGAUUGAUAGUAUUCCUGAAGGAAAACAAUCCUUAUAGUGUUUCACAUGUGUAUCAAAAUGCUAUUUGUUGUGGCACAUAAAUGUUUGCAACUUGAUUGUAAUUUUUGAACAGUUUCUCAACAAUCCAAGAAUUUCUUGUAAUGAGAAGUAGACAUCGUUGCUUGGGUAAAGGAAAUACAAAUCACGGUCAAUACAACUACCUUAUUAACUUUCCACAGAGAAAUAUUUUUCACUACUGCUACUUAAAAAUUCAAAUGUGUGACAGUUUUCUUACAGAACUUGGCAUAAAGAUCUCCCUUAUUUGUAUUUUUUAGAUAGCUCUUAUUAUUUGAUCCUUCAAAUGGAAUGCUAUGACCUCCAUGUGACCUAUUCCUUAGUAGUUAAUUAUCCAUUAAGGCACAAAUAUAUGAACAUUACAAUGGGAGGGCUCUUUAUGCCAGGCCCUGUAAAAGUAAUGGCAUCUUACUUAGUAUUAUUGUUGGGAAUUUGAUGGCACAGCUGUGGGGAGACCACAAAUUUCAGGGUUUGCUAACUGCAGAUCUGGCACACAGUUGCCGAGUGAUUCAAGUGCUUUUCAUAAUGUUUCACUGUUGAUACAGUUGUAUGUGAGAUUAUAAACCUGUUUGAACAACACCUUCACUUCAAAUUGCUGCAAAGAAAUGGUUAAGGUAUCAGUGUGAUGCUCUAUGUGUGUUUCCUCAACUGUGUCCUCAUUGCUACUGUCUUCAUGUGAAAUUACUGCGGACACACUUCUGAAACCAAACCUGUACAUCUUGUGAAGACAGAUUUAUGGGCUAUUCCUGCAGCUUUCUGUUAUUUUAGCAAAACCCCACUCUGGAUAGAAAAUAAAGAUUGCACAGAAAUGCUUGCAUGGGUACUUAUAUAUCUCAAAAUCUUCACAUGCGCAGUUUGGUAGAGCAAAGUUGAAGAUGGUAGAGCAAAGCUUGCAACAUAAAUUGUCUUUGAAUAUUGUACUCUCCAUACAAAACAUUGUCCAACUUCACAUUCACUAAUCUUGCAGUUAACUCAACUUGCCCUGUUGCAUAUCACUGCAUGACAUGUUUCACAAACUUGCUUUUUUUUAUGAAAAAACAGUGGAACAUCUCUGUUCUGAUUUGAUGGCAGAAUUCUGCAGACAGUACUUUCUAAUUAGACUUGGAAGAAAUUGAUUUCUUAUAUCCUUAGUAGCCCCAUUCAAGGUCCCAUCUGUAUUUCAUUUUAGGAAAAAAGUUUACAAUCUUGUUCAUGGCUUCAACUCCACUUGUAAUGUCAAUGGUAUCAAAAUUGCCCUUGUCCUCAUAAGUUUCCACGCUUUUCAUGUACCAAUAGCCACUGCUGUUAAACAUACGGUGAUGCAUAUUCGUUUCUCUGAGAAGCCUCACUAUCUCUUCUGUAUGAUCUGUAAAUUCUCUGUUGGUGAUUGUGAAAUUUCUUGCCACAUGCCCAGAAAUCUCUUCAUGUCAUUUGGUAUAUAUUCAGCCAUCUUCCUCAAACCUGUUUGACUGAAAAGGCACAAGUAAACUUUUGUCUGAGGAAAUGCUUGAUCAGUUGUGUUUAUCUCAGACUAUAAGAAAUCAGUAACCCAGUAGAUGGAAUUCCAAUCCUUGAAAAUGGCUAGUGCUUCAUGAAUGGAUCUCGCAUUUUCAACUUGAAUGAAAAAGAAAACCAAAUAACCCACAUUACUCUUUACAGCUAUAAAAAAACAAAGGCAUAUCAUGUGUUGUUGUUUUGUAUGUUGCAUAUAACAACUAUCCCAGUACUUCUUCAAAAGAUCUCUUUGCUAACAGCUCUGAUAGAAAAAAGUUAUGGUUUCACUCCUCCAUUGGCACCUAUACCAUGUUUGUAAUAAAUCAUGUGAUUGCUUUAUUCCUUGUGCCACUCGUCAGUAUGAUUUUGCAAUCUAGUCUCGUCAAACAAUGCUUUAUUUGUACAUUACAACGUCCAAUAUGUGUGAAUAUAAUUUUUUUUCAGUGGGGUAGAAUGUAGUAUUCGUUAGACCUGGUAUGUGUGUCCCAGUGAAAUUAUCAAUAAAUGUAUCUAGAGCCAAAUUAUUGGCUGUAUGAUAUCAUUCCAUUGUGCACCUGAAUUUGUAUUUCCUUUACAAGCAAUUGUUAGCAUGUGUGUGUGUGCUGAUUUGCUGGAGAAGCGGAGAGAUAGUCUUUCAGCUAUCUUUGAGACAGUUAAAGGAGGUGCUUUAGAAAUGAGUGUCCUGGUUGAUAUGAAAAACAGUUUUCAAAUUUUCUGUACAAACUGUAAACAGUUCCUCAGUUGGUGAUUGUGGAAGAGAUUGCCAUAGCCACAGUAUUGAUCCACUGUCAGGUGGUAAACCUAGGAUUUCCUUCCAGUAUGAGCCAAGUGAAGUAAAACUGUGGUUGGAGAAAUGUUUUAUAUUCUUAAAUUGAGUAUUUGUAACCCAUUACGUUGGAUUGCAGUUCAUGUAUCAACACUUAAAAAUGUUUAGUUCUUCACUGAUGACACUUGAUACCAUUUCAAUUUUUUAAGGCUAUCCUGUGUCAAGUUAAAUUUUGAAUUAUCCAUUUAAGCUUACUUUUUGCUGUGUGGCAGAUGGAUUUAUGUUCAUGUAAUAUUUUUAACGUUGAUUGUGGUAAGGUGUAAUCAUAUGUAAAUACCCAAUAAAAUAGAUUGAUAUUUA